AUAUAUACAUACACAUAUAUAUACAUACACAUAUAUAUACAUACGUAUAUACAUACAUACCUACCUACCUAGGUAUAGUAUAUGAUAGCAACCCGCCAGCCGGGCCGGCUCUACUGGACGCAGGGCGUCUGCUCCCCUCCGCACACUCUUUCUCCCUCCUUGUCUGCCUCAUCCCUCCACCCUGCCCGCUUGUCAGUCGGUAAGCCCUCUCGACAUCCCCAGUGCCUGCAUGCUACCAGCUGAAGCGUCCGGACAGAAAUGGCAACUUCCCGGCCCAGAGUGCUCCAGCUCGGUGCGAUAAAACACGCGCACGAGACUUGGGAUGCGGUCGGCGGCAUAGCCGACAUAGUCGUGCCCAGGUCGACCGGCAGGACCGGGUUCCUAGCCGAGGCGGCCUCGGGGGCCUUUGACGGGUGUCUCGUGGCCUACCGUACCUUUGGGUCCGUCUCCAUCACGGGCCGCAUCGACUUAGACCUCCUCUCGGCCCUGCCGCCGUCGCUCAAGUACAUCUGCCACAAUGGCGCUGGCUUUGAUCAGAUAGACGUCCCAGCCUGCACCAGCCGAGGCAUCAAGGUGUCCAAUGUGCCCACGGCUGUCGACGAUGCCACGGCUGAUACCGCCAUGUUUCUCAUGCUCGGCGCCCUGCGGAACUUCCCCCUGGGCGUCCACAACCUCAGGCAGGGAGGCUGGCGGGGCCGCGAGGACGACGGGACGCUGCCCGCACUGGGACAUGACCCGCAGGGCAAGAGCCUGGGUAUCGUCGGCAUGGGCGGCAUAGGCCGCAACAUGGCCAAGAAGGCCCUGGCCUUUGGCAUGAGAAUUCUGUACCACAACCGCACCAGGCUGCCCGAGGAUGUCGAGGCCGAGCUGGGCGGCGCGCAGUAUUGUGACUUUGACACCUUGCUGAAGACGAGCGACGUGCUGAGCCUGAAUCUUCCCCUAAAUCCACACACCAGGCAUAUAAUCUCCACGCGCGAGCUGGCAAUGGUCAAGCCGGGCGUCGUCAUUAUCAACACGGCGCGGGGUGCCGUCAUCGACGAGGCCGCCUUGGUAGAGGCUCUGGACUCGGGCAGGGUUGCCAGUGUCGGGCUGGAUGUCUACGAGAAUGAGCCAGACGUCCACCCGGGCCUGCUGGCCAACCCACGGGCCUUGCUGGUGCCGCACAUGGGCACAUGGACGGUCGAGACCGAGGCCAAGAUGGAGCAGUGGACCAUGGCAAACGUCCAGACGGCCAUCAACCACGGCCGCCUAAAGAGCAUCGUCCCAGAGCAGAGGGGCAUGGAGUGAAGGAUGGCAGCUUUUCAUAGCAAACAGUCUACCAGCCCUUCCCUCCCGAGAGAACGCCUCGGUUGCCUCUCGUACUGGCAUUUUCAGGCACAUACAUACUUGUACCUUUCGCUUCCCUAUUGCGCCGUAAAGACAGACAUGAUCCUUGUCAAGAGAGGGCAUGAUUCCUUUUCACCCUUUCCUUUGGCGGGGUGUGUAUUACCUGAACACAAACAAACGUCAUCGGCUGAAUGCUGAGAACAUGCUUAUGCACACUUCACAUGAUGGGGCGUGUUGACAUGAGUCCUCCAGUCUUUAUUCGUC